CUGGCAUGUUUUAUACAGCUUACUACACCUUCACCACCCCGGACAGCAGCCCAACUCCUUUUGCUGUGAAAUAUAUUUUACAUUAUUAACCAGAAAGCGGAUGGUUAAUUAAAGUUAGCUUAAUUCCCCUUUCUUGGACCGCCUAUAAACUAAGAAGUAUAAAGAAACGAUUACCGUUAUUAUUCAUUUUGUCGACUAAAAAACGGUCGCUCCUGCAGAAUAGAAGUUCUGUCACAUCUUGCAGAAACCAUCGAAAAAACGGAUCACUAAGAUCAGUCAACAAGGUCAACUUUGAAUAAGUUUCUUUGUUACCGUUUGCACAGUGAAGGGAACUUGCAGAUAAAAACACAGCAGGCUCAGUAGCCACGUUUCAACGGCAUCAUCCUCCGCUUCUUCUACGCAGUGGUCGAACUUUUACGCACUGUUGUCUCGGAGUCACCUUUAUCAUGACGCGAAGAUCUUGUGCGAUAUAUGGAGUCGGGAUUGUUUGCGCCAGUCUACUCAUCAUCGGGAUUGGCUUGGUUGUGACUCAAGUAUUUCAAACUUUGAUCCAUAACCGGUUAAAAAAGGAGAUAACUCUGACAGAGGGUAGUCGUGUGUUUGAGACGUGGAAAAACCCUCCUCCUCCCGUCUUCAUGCAAUACUUCUUCUUCAACGUCACCAACCCAGAUGAGUUCCUGGAUGGAGCCAAGCCUGUCGUCUCUCAGGUCGGCCCUUACACAUACAGGGAGUACAGGCCCAAAGAAAAUGUGACGUUUGUAGAUAAUGGGACCAGAGUGUCUGCCUACCAACCCAAGACAUUUGUGUUCCUGCCAGAGCGCUCUGUAGGUGAUCCUGAUGAUGACAUGAUCACAACCAUCAAUAUCCCAGCUGUGGCGGUGAUGAACAAGGUGAAGGAUAGUUUUUGGAAGAGUUCGAUGGUAUCUAUCUGGAUGAAUUCACUUCAUGUCGGCAUGUUCAUGACGCGCUCCGUCAACGAGCUGCUGUGGGGCUUCAAGGACCCUCUGCUGUCCCGCAUCCAUCCCAUGAACCCAGAGAUCGACGAGUACUUUGGCCUCAUGUACAAGAAAAAUGGAAGCAAUGAUGGUGAAUUUGUUUAUCAUACCGGGGAGGAGGACUUCAUGAACUACGGCAGGGUAGCCACGUUUAAAGGAGAAAGUAAACUGAGCCUGUGGACGUCUGAGCAGAGUAACAUGAUCAACGGCACAGACGGCAGUGCCUUCCACCCCCUGUUGUCCAAGACGGAGAGACUGUACAUCUUCAGUCCUGACCUGUGCAGGUCCAUCUUCAUGGAGUUUGAGAAAGAUGUGAAGGUGAAGGGGCUCCCAGCGUAUCGUUUCACCCCUCCUCGUGAUGUCCUGGCAAGCAAGGAGGAGAACCCAGCCAACGAAGGAUUCUGUGUCUCCCCCAAAGAGUGCCUGGGCACCGGCUUGCUCAAAGUCAGCGUAUGCCGAAAAGGUGCUCCAGUCGUGACGUCCUUUCCUCAUUUCUACCUGGGAGAUGAGAAGUACUCUAACGCCAUUGAAGGACUGGAUCCUGUCAGAGAGCAUCACCAGACCUACCUGGACCUGAACCCGACCACUGGUGUUCCUAUCCGGGCCAGUAAGAGAGCUCAGAUCAACAUCCUCAUCAACAGAAUCGGUGGCUUUCCGAAAACCAAAUCCCUGAACGAGACUAUCUUCCCUGUCAUGUUUAUCAAUGAGACGGUAGUGAUCGACGAUGUGUCGGCAGCGAAGCUCCACAAACUGUUGCUGAUGGUGAUGCUGGUGUCCAACGCCCCUCUCGUCCUGGUUGGUCUGGGGGCCAUCCUGCUGCCGGUGUUCAUCGGCCUCAUCGUCUGCGAAUACAAACAGAAGAAGUCAACAAAGGAAGACACAUCUUAUUCCCCCGUGAGCAACAAGGAGGGUGACGAAAAAAAUGGCAGCAGCUACGUUGCCUUGACUCCCGUUAUUGACAAGUCUUGAGGAGGGAAUGGGAAAAGGUUUAUGGAGAGACAGAUGUAGGAUCUUAAUAUGAACCAGUUUGCUACAGCAGUAAAAUAAUCCUGCUGCAACAGGAAAUGUGAAUUAUGUGGAUUAUAAUUAAUGGACAUUUUUGUAGGGUUUUUAAAAGUCAAAAACACUGCAAGUUUGCAAUUCUCAGAAACAAAAGAGUGAUCAAAUUACGAUCCUACAUCUGUAUAUCAUAUAUAUCAGUGUGAGUUGCUGUUCAGGGCUGGAUCGUUGUAAAUCAUUGUGGCACUAGUUAGACUACUUUGAUCUGUCUCCGUUUUUUUGUUUCGUUACUUUGUUUAUUUGGAUCUGGUUCAACCCACAAAACAGGGCUAAUCUUCCCGAAGUCCCUGUUAACCCACAAAAUGGGGCUAAUCUUCCCGAAGUCCCUGUUAACCCACAAAACGGGGCUUUUCUUCCCGAAGUCCCUGUUAACCCACAAAACAGGGCUAAUCUUCCCGAAGUCCCUGUUGACCCACAAAAUGGGGCUAAUCUUCCCGAAGUCCCUGUUAACCCACAAAAUGGGGCUAAUCUUCCAGAAGUCCCUGUUAACCCACAAAACGGGGCUUUUCUUCCCGAAGUCCCUGUUAACCCACAAAACGGGGCUAAUCUUCCCGAAGUCCCUGUUAACCCACAAAACGGGGCUAAUCUUCCCGAAGUCCCUGUUAACCCACAAAACGGGGCUAAUCUUCCCAAAGUCCCUGUUAACCCACAAAACGGGGCUAAUCUUCCCGAAGUCCCUGUUUACCCACAAAAUGGGGCUAAUCUUCCCGAAGUCCCUGUUAACCCACAAAACGGGGCUAAUCUUCCCGAAGUCCCUGUUAAACCCACAAAACGGGGCUAAUCUUCCCGAAGUCCCUGUUAACCCACAAAACGGGGCUAAUCUUCCAGAAGUCCCUGUUAACCCACAAAACGGGGCUAAUCUGUCCGAAGUCCCUGUUAACCCACAAAACAGGGCUAAUCUUCCCGAAGUCCCUGUUAACCCACAAAACGGGGCUAAUCUUCCCGAAGUCCCUGUUAACCCACAAAAUGGGGCUAAUCUUCCAGAAGUGUUGACAUACAGUACAUGGCCAAUUUGACCAGCUGUUUCAAACAUUCUAUAAAAUAUAAACUGUUUGAUACCUGUUAUUCAACAUUUUGUAAAAACAAAAGGCUUUAUAAAUACAUUUGAUUGAUUGAUUGAUUGACAGAUCUAAUGCAGUUCCACCCCCGACACCCUCAAAACAACUGCUAUUAGGAUGUUGCCUAAAGUGGAGCUGAUUGAAUUGAACCCUUAAUCUGUAUCUGGGAAACCACCCCUGGGUGUGUGUCCUAAAGAUGUGCCCUAAAGAUGUGCCCUAAAGAUGUGCCCUAAAGAUGUGUCCUUAAAAUGUGUCCUUAAAAUGUGUCCUAAAGAUGUGUCCUAAAGAUGUGUCCUUAAAAUGUGUCCUAAAGAUGUGUCCUAAAGAUGUGUCCUAAAGAUGUGCCCUAAAGAUGUGUCCUAAAGAUGUGUCCUAAAGAUGUGUCCUUAAAAUGUGUCCUAAAGAUGUGUCCUAAAGAUGUGUCCUAAAGAUGUGCCCUAAAGAUGUGUCCUAAAGAUGUGCCCUAAAGAUGUGUCCUAAAGAUGUGCCCUAAAGAUGUGCCCUAAAGAUGUGUCCUUAAGACGUGUGUACAUUAUUCAGGUAUCAUUCCAUUCUCAGGGGCACUAUGCUAGAAACUACACACCUUGUGCAUCACGAGAUGGCUUCAAAAGUGAUUAUUAUUAUAAAACCGUAACGUGUCAAAGAAGGUCAAGGAAGUGGUGAGAUGCUCUACUGACCAACGAAGGCUAAAUAUUUAAUGUAAUGAGUGUGUCUUCUUAAUGAAUUUGGAUUCAUAUUAAAACUAACAACAAAAAAAUAUAUAUUUGUAACAUUAGCUAUAAUCGUUAAAUUUCUACGUAUUUUAUUUGUUCAUACACUGUUUAAAUUUAUUUUCAAACUUAGUUGAUUGGUUGAAUAUGUUCAAAUUAGUGAACAAAAAUGCCAUCUGACUAUGUUUAUGUUAUUGAACAUAUCCACAAUACCAUCCAUACCUAAUUCAUGGAUCACCUUCACUUUGAACUUGCAUGUGGUGACAUUUUGCAAGUGAGCAUUUUUAAGUGUUACUUAUCUGAUAUUCCAAAUGUGACAUCUGCCUACAUUCCUUAGGUGAGACGUCUGUGCCCCAGUUGGUACAUUCAUUAGGUGAGACUCCUGUGCCCCAGUUGGUACAUUCAUUAGGUGAGACUCCUGUGCCCCAGUUGGUACAUUCAUUAGGUGAGACUCCUGUGCCCCAGUUGGUACAUUCAUUAGGUGAGACUCCUGUGCCCAGUUGGCACAUUCAUUAGGUGAGACGCCUGUGCCCAGUUGGUACAUUCAUUAGGUGAGACUCCUGUGCCCAGUUGGCACAUUCAUUAGGUGAGAAUCCUGUGCCCAGUUGGUACAUUCAUUAGGUGAGACUCCUGUGCCCAGUUGGUACAUUCAUUAGGUGAGACUCCUGUGCCCAGUUGGUCUGUAUUGGGCAGAUCUAUUAAAAGAAUACCACAUCAUUGGCUUAUUGCUGCCAUUGUGAACGAGCCAACAGACCUAUGGCGCUCUGUAUACUGCGUAAAACAAGGACAGGUUUUUUUGACUGAAUUGUUCCUGAGGCUUUUUGACACGUGAGACAAUUCUCCUGUGCCCUAUAGUGGGGGGGGGGGGGGGGGGGGGAGAGCUUCUUGUCUGAAACAAACAAAUAAAGGCAAUGUAUAUGUGUAAUUUGAAGAUCAGAUCCCUUUAGAAUGUAUUUACAGAAUAGUGUUUUUGUUUUUACUAAUAGAAUAGAGUGCGUACUAAUGUGAAUUUCUGUUAUACAGGGAAGUCCAUAUGUCGUCGUGUUUUUUUGGUUGAUAUUUUUUGACAGAAAAAAAUGGACUGAAACGUUUAACUCAUGUAUCAGGUUCUGAAUGAUCUAAAUGUAUUAUCAUCACUAUAUUAUCUCUACAUUAUCUCUGCAUUACCAUAGCUGCUGACGAAACCAUAACUUCAGGUUUUGAUGCAAGGUUGUCUUCCUAAUGGCAAACAUUUUGGGAUCAAAGAUAAACAUUUAAAUCGUAUACCAAACUACUGGAAUUGUAGACAUUUUGCAGUGAUGUUAAAAGCCAAAUUGUGUAUUGCUUUGUAUUGUGAGACAUUAAUAGGAGCACAUUAGCAGACUGUCUCUCUAGAAAAUGUAUUGAGAGAAAGGGCUCCUUGGAUAUCUAGAUAUGUUUAUUUCUAUGGCAUCUCCUAAUGACAAUAUAUACAUUUGUGUUAUGUCUAUAAUAGCCCUUGUGCAACUGCUUAACUGCUGUAGUUCUAUGGCGUAGUAAUGCUUGGUUAAUUGUUGAAAUUGAAGAUUCUACAGGACUUGCUUGAAUGAUUAUUGUACCGUAAUGACUGUCUGAACGUAGCCAGAGUGCCAAUGUGUUUGUGUUCUUGCCCUAGCAAAAAAAAAAAAAA